AGAUAGGAUCAAAAAUUGAUAUUUAAAUUAGCGGUUCAAAUUACUGGUUAAUAUGUAAAUCAAUCUUUUGCCAAACACCUGCUUUUUGCCUACCACUACGUCACCGUGACAUUAUCGCGAUCGCUCGUUAUACUUUCCAAAUAUGCAAAGCUGCGUAGUCACUUUUAGCUAUUUCAUGUCCUGCAAUCCUGUUAAAAAUAACGUAAUUGCCAAUAGCAUUGUACAUACUGUACAAACACAAUGAAUAUUACCAUGUACUUUAAAAGUACAAAACGGUCUCCUAUGCACGCGGGUAAGCAGCGCGCAUGCGUGCAUAUUUGAGUUAGCAGCGUCAUUUGGCGUAGAGACGCUACGUUGACAACAUACUAGUAUACAGACGAGCAGUUGACUUACAACUAAUGUAUCACAAUCUGUGGGAAAGCUGUGGUGUUGUCACACAUUCUAACAGUACAAGUUACCACUGCAGCUUGACCAUGGCCGAGGUAGCCAAGACAAUGACAACGAAGCCCCUGUCUGUCGUGGCGAAGUUGUGUUACGCUUUCGGUGGUGUUGGCAAUGAGAUCAUAUUUAUCGUAUUCGGGGCGUACACCAGCAUCUUUCUGGUGGAUGUGGCACAGUUGCCACCCUUAUUUGCAACGUCCAUUAUUUUCGGCAGUAGGGUAGUGGACGUCUUGUGUAAUGUCUUCAUGGGCCCGUUGAUUGACAGGACGAACACAAGAUGGGGGAAGAUAAAACCAUGGAUCGUAACAUCAGCUCUGGUUAUGACUGUAACGAACGCGUUGAUCUGGUAUGUCCCGGAUGUUGGGACGGGCGGAAAGUUGGCCUGGUACAUCAUACUGUACAUUGUGAUGAAGCUAGCCUGGUCGGGUUUUGUAAUUUCCUACCGCACGUUCGUGAUGUUUCUGAGCGAUGACAGCUCCGAGAGAGACUCGGCCAUCCAGUAUAGGGCCAUCUUCACAAUUGGAGGGACUGUUGUAGGAAUGGUAAUGCACGGACAGAUCCUUGCAUCUUUCAGACGCUCCGAGCACGACUCCUGUGACAACAUGACUUACAGCGGUAACAACAGCACCAACAGUUCUGUGGAUGGGGUUUCUUUAGAGAUGACGCGAAUCGGUUACAUGGUCUCCUCAGCAGCUGUGUGUGGUCUUCUGCUGUUGAGUUUGUCAGCGAUCGUCUUUGGAACGACAGAGAGAAAAGAUAUUUCAGCGACAUCCGGAGGAAAACGUGGCCAGAACAUGUUCAAGACGGCGAAGAGUGUGCUGACAUUUCGCCCCAAUGUCUACUUUCUUCUGGCAUAUUUCUUUAUCCAAGUACCUAUUUCUAUAGGACAUGGUGCGAUCGCCCUCUACGCACAGUAUAGUCUGGACCUGGAAGACCAGAUAGAGAACAUCCUCUUAGCUUUCAUGGUGGCAUCAGUGUUAGCCAUGCCUGUUAUUGGUUGGGUCGUGUCCAAACUUGGCAGGAAGACUUCCUACAUUUGCUUUAUGCUGGCUGCAAUCCCGAUGUACAUAGGAUUUCAGUUUGUACCAAAGGGGAGCUUGGCUGUUUUUGCUGUUGCCAUCGGUAUAGGCAUCACUGUGCUUGCACAAGCAUUCGUACCAUGGUUGAUGAUUACUGACAUUACAGAGGACUGCUGCCUACAGACCGGUGAAAGACUGGACACUCCCUUCGUCGCCAUCUUCCUGUCCUGUAACAGUCUCGCCAUCACCGUGGGACUGAUCAUGGCAACCAUUGUCCUGGAAAUCGGAGGCUACAAACUAGGAUCUUGUGUUCAGCCUGACACGGUGGGAAGCGCCUUGAGGAUUCUGGCGUCAACGUUUACGUCAGUCCUGACCUUCAUCGGUGUGGUGUUUGCAUGGAGAUAUCCAAUCACAGAUGCUAGGCAGAAAGAAAUUGCCAAGGCCACCAAUAAACGAAAAAGCAACUCCCUACAACCUGACGAGACCCAGAGAAACGGAAGCGCACCAAUAUGACUGGAAAAGUUAUUAUGCCUGAGGAGUCUUCAAGGCCAGAAGGAUUACAGGAAGAAAACAAACUUCUGUCUUCAGAACUGGACUUGUCUGUACUUUUAGAUUGUAGUGAUAUGAAGCUUGAGGAAAUGCCACAGGAAACUGAGAAAUUUGGCUUUUCAGAAUAUUUUACAAUAUCGUACUAUUUUAUCAAGAGGCAGGUUCUUGAUAAAUGCAUGACACGUGUUUUGAUGUCAAAUUCUCC